CCAGGGAAAGAAGCACAAGUGUACGAAACGUUACGUUGUGCUGCACUGAGAAGUGAGAGAAAGACGAUGUUUUGUUCGACAUGGGAGGGGACUGUUACUUCUAGGACGCGUCAAAUUGCAAUUCUGAAGUAGCUCUCACGCAGCUUUGGCUGCCCAUGGAUGCCGUCAAUGUUGCGGUGAGGCUCCGGCCUCUAUUGCCCAGAGAGCCAAGCGAUGCUGUUGCUAAUUGGAAAUUGGCUGGCCGGAGUAUUACCUGUGCGAAAGUCCCGAAUGCCUCAUUCACGUUUGACCAUGUGUUUGACCAAACAUCUACCAACAGUGGCGUGUUUGAGGCCAUUGCCAAGCCCAUUGUGCAAUCAACGUUGGCAGGAUUCCACGGCACUAUAUUUGCCUAUGGCCAGACAUCUUCCGGUAAGACGCACACUAUGAUGGGUUCGAACCGCGAGCCAGGAAUCAUUCAUCUGGCACUUGACGAGAUCUUCAAUAUCAUUUCCGAGAGUGCCAAUCGCAUGUUUCUCAUUCGAGUGUCCUUUCUGGAGAUCUACAAUGAGUGCAUCACCGACCUGUUGAACCCUGGCAGUACUAACCUAAAAGUUCACGAAAACGCCCAGCGUGAGGUGUAUGUUGGAGAUGUCCGAGAGGAGAACGUCACGUCCAUUGAAGAAGUUCUGCGCCUGUUGAAAUUCGGAGAAAAGAACCGUCAUAUCGGAUGCACGGAUAUGAACGAACGCAGUAGCCGAUCGCACACAAUCUUCCGCAUGACUAUUGAGAGUCGCGAAUGCGAAGAAGCCGUUGAAACCUCAGAUGAUGCCAUUCGCGUUGCAACCUUGAAUCUGGUUGACUUGGCUGGAUCUGAAAGAGCGUCUGCAACGGGUGCUGAUGGAAUGCGGCUCAAGGAAGGAGGGUUUAUAAACAGAAGUCUCUUUAUUCUCAGUAAUGUCAUCAACAAAAUCGCAGAUGGAGAUCACUCACACAUUCCCUUCCGUGACAGUAAACUGACCAGGAUACUGCAGACAUCACUUGGUGGCAAUGCACGUACCGCAAUCUUGUGUGCAGCCACACCAGCGAGUAUUGAGGAGACUAUUGGCACACUGCGGUUUGCUACCCGUGCCAAAACUAUCAAGAACAAGCCAGUGGUCAAUGAGGUCAUGACAGAAGCCGCACAGCUCAAGCGUUAUCACCGCGAGCUGGCGGAGCUGCGUCGCCAGGUUGCCAUGCUCCAACAAGAGCGAGAUACACACAGAAGUGAUCAGAUCAAGAUAUUGGAAGCACGCAUCAUCCAGCCAAAGGCCGUUGUGGUGAAGCGCCGAAAAAACAAGGAGGACAAACGUCGGCACACCCUGUGCCCAGAAUUCUUUGCCAAGCAUGCCAUGGAGGCUGAUUCAGAUGGUGGGGAUGACUCCAAUAAUGUGUUGUCCUCCAGCUUCCGGAAUUCCAUUUCUGCUCUACCAGCGGUCACAACACGUCGACGCGACUCCAAGAAGCUCGAUCCCCUAGUCAGCUCAAAGUCAAGAGAAGAAGUGGAGUUUGAAAGCGAGGCAGGUGUUGUCGACUUUUCACUGGGCACAGCAGCGACCAUUGAGGAGCUCAAUCAGAAGAAUGAGGAGUUGCAGCAGGCGUUGCAGGAGAAGGAAGAAGAAUUUAGCGAACUUCAACAGAAUAUGGUCAAAUUGGAGGCAUUUGGACGGAAUCUUGUAUCGGAUUUGGAAAUCCAGCUAGAAGAGAAGGAUGCACUUCUUUCAGAGAUGGAAGCUGCCCAGCAGGGUAGCAAUGACAAUGGACAGCAAGCAAUGCUCCAGCAGCAACUUGAAGAGGUCUGCCAGGAGCGUGACGGCUGGAAACUUGAAGUUUCCGCGAUGGCUGAGAGGCUCCAGACAUUGGAAGAGGAGAGGCAACAGCUCGAUCAACAGCAAGCCAGUAGAGAGCUUGUGGAAGAGGAGCGCCAGCGCUGGCAAGCUGAACUGGAUGCUAUGGCUGAGAAGCUCCAACAAGUAGAAGACGAGAAUCGAUUGUCAUUGGAGCAGCAGAGCCAUGCAUUCUCUGAGGAACGCACAAACUUGCAAACAGAGCUAGUUUCUAUGGCUCAGCAAGUCCAACAGUAUGACCAGGAGACCAGAGCAGCUUUGGAAAAGCAGAGCGAGGAAUUCGACCAGGAGCGACAGAAGUGGCAAGCAGAAGUGGACUUGAAGACGCAACAGAUGCAGCAGAGUCAUGAUGAGAUCAGGGCUGCCAUGGACCAGGAGAUCAGGGAUGCCAUGGACAAGCAGCGAGAAGAAGUCAGCCAACAGCAGCAGCAGCAGCAGCAGAAACUGACAGCGGAUGUAGGUUCAAUGACUGAGCACGACCAUAGUCACGAACAAGUCAUCGAAGAGGAGAAGCUUGUUUUGCAGGCAGAAAUAUCCUCCCUUGCUGAGACGGUAUGUUGUCUGGAAGAGAAUACAGUCAUUGCUGCUAAACGGCAUCAGGAGGAACGGCAAAGUUGGCAAGCGGAGACGGGCGAAAUGAACCAAAAGAUCUGUGAUUUGCAGGCUGAGUGUGAUCAACUGCAACAACAAUUUCAGGGCACAAAGAAACUAAGCAUCAGUGCCUCAGUCCUGUCUCCAUCUCAGUUUGAGUUCUUGGAAAAUGAGCACUCGGUACUCGAAACCAGAUGCCAAGCUCUCGAGUGUGAAGUGGCCAACUUCUCUGAGAAAGCACAGAGACUGGAGUUUGAGAAGGCAGAGCUAGAACUCAAGCUGAAGAGCCCUGUGGAUGUUCCUGCACAGCAGCCACCACCGUACACUUGCAAUGUCAUUCCAGAAUUGGCAGAAGAGCUGCCUUGCUGCUGCCAGAAGCUGACGUGUGAGCUGGCAGAGCUAGGCACGAAAUUGCAGCACUCCGAGUCUACGCUGGACGGUGUAGUCAAGCAACAUCAGCAUCACCUUCAACAAGUGGAACAGAACUUCAAUAGUCAAAUCAACUUCCUGAACGACGCACAGGAUGCCAUGAUGGCCCAGGAGACUGACUAUAGAGAGCGUAUUGCCGAGCUGAAACGGGAAUCUGGUGAAAUGAGACAACAAAUCCAACUGCUCAAAUCAUCAGAAUCAGUACCAGCGGCAGGACUGUGCGGUAGUGGAGAUGCUGCCGGAGAGCUACGUGACAGGUGCAUCGAGCUAGAGGAGCAAUGCCAGCAGUUGCUGUCUGACUGUGCAGUACUGGACAAGAAGUGCAAUCGCCUGACCACUGUCAACACUAUGCUAGAAGAGCAAGCUGCCGUUCAGCAUGACGUCUGCACUUGCUGGCAAGAGAAACUGAAGGAGGCCGAAUCAAAGUGUGACCAGCUAGCAUCCCAGCUUGCUGCUAAAGAAGCAGAACUGUUGAACGCACACUCGCAACCGGCAUCUGCGCCCGAGAAAGACUUGUAUCAGCUGGAGUCGGCACUAGAGAAAGCCAAGUCGCAGCUGGCACAGUUGACGGCUGACAACGAGCAGCUGAAGGACUCCAUGAUGCACCUGCAGGAGACCGCGUCGGCCGCCGACCGAAGAUGUCGGCAGUAUCAGAGUGAACUGGAUCAGGUGAAGGAAUCUAUCUGCGAAUCUGAUCAGGCCAAACAUUGGGAGCAACAGUGGACUGAUAGCAACAAGCAAUGUCAGCUGCUGCUCAGCAAGCUGGAGGAACAGACCGAGUCAGCUGCAGCGCAAGAUGAGCGUUGCAACCAUUGGCAGCAAAAGUGGCAGGAAACUGACAGUCAAUGUAGCCAGCUGCAGGCUGAGCUUGACCAGCAGAAGCACACAGCGUCAGCACAGGAUGAAGCUUGCAAUGGCUGGCGGACAAAGUGGCAGGAAGCGCAGCAGCAAUGCAGCUCUUUGCAACAAGAACUCGAUCAGGUGAAAGCAACCAGUGCGACACAAAAUGAACUUGUUCAGCAAUGGCAGCAACAGUGCUUGGAUAUAGAGGAGCGAUGUCAGAGUCUACAGAGCGAGCUACAAGUGCAGAAAGACACAUCUUCUUCACAUGCCAAGGAUAUGGAGCAGCAAUGGCAACAACAGGAGCAGGAAACCAAGAAUAAGCUGGAGAAUUUGCACAAUGUCAAUCAAAAGCUUCAAGAAGCUGCUGCGUCGCAUGAAAAUGUUGUAGAGCAGUGGCAACAGCAAUACCAGCAGAUGGAAGAGGAUUGCCGGAAAGCCAGGGAUGCUCUGAAGGAGCAGCAGGAUGUGUGCACAUCCCAAGGCAACUCCGUCAGUCGUCUGAAGGAAAAGUGCCAGGAGGCUGAGAAUCAGUGCCACAGCUUGCAGGCUGAGCUUGACACACUGAGAGAGUCGCAGUCUGCGCACUUGAAGGAAGCAAGUGAUGAGUGGCAGAAGAAUCAUUAUCAACCAAUGGAGGAGCAAUGCAAGCGCCUGCAGGCUAAGCUAGAUGAGCAGAUGCAAGUGGUUGCCACCCAUGUCGACCGUGCCAAGGGUUGGCAAGCGCAAAGCCAGGAGAAGGAGGAGCAGUGUCAGAAGCUGCUCAGCGAAGUCAAUGAGCAGAAGGUAUCAAUCGCUGCUCACAUUGAGCUCAUCGAAAUCUGGCAGAAGCAGUUCCAGGAAUCCGAAGAGAAAUGCGAGCGCUUGCAGUACGAGCUCAAUACGCUUGGAAGCGGCCAGGAAUCCCACGCUGCUGAGUUGAGACAGCAGUGUGUCGAUGCUGAGAUCAAGCUGAAAGAGACGUCAACCGAAAAGGAGCAGUUAGAGGCUGACUGUACACAGCUGAAACUCAACGUGCAGUCUCAAGCUGAGGAAGUAGCUAAACUUCGGGGAAUUGUUGACGAGGUGGACAGCGAGCUGACUGAUGAAGUGGCCAAGAAUGACGCCAGGCGAAGGGAGCAGGAGAGUAGGAUUGACGACCUGAGCAAGCAACUUGUUGAUGUGUCUGAGCAAUACUCUCAGCUUCAGCUUGAGCUAGAGCAACAAACCACUGAGAGAACGCAAAAUGCUGUUUCUGAAGACUUGCAGCGCCAGUGCCAGGAAGCAGAGGAGAAGCUGAAUAGUGUCAGAUCUCAGAAUCAGCAGCUAGAAGCUGCGUGCCAGCAGCAUAAAAGCGACCAGCAAACACAGGCCGCGGAGGUCCUUCGACUACAGACCAUCAUCGAUGAGGUGGACAAUGAGCUCUCUGAAGAAUCGGAGAAGAACAAACGUGCUCGGCAGGAGCAGGAGGAUACCAUCAAUGAUCUCAGGCAACAACUUUCAACUGCCACUCAAGGGCAAGCUGCAGCACAGGAUCAGGAAAGUGCCCUCAGUGAUUUGCAGGCCCAAUUGUCAAGCCUAACUCAGCAUCAUUCUGAAUCUCAACAAGAAAUUGGUCGUCUUCAGGGCAUAAUCGAUGAGGUGGACAAUGAGCUCGCUGAAGAAGUAGAGAAGAACAAUAUCAAGCAAAAGGAGCAGAAUGAGCAAAUCCACAGUCUUCAGAAGCAAAUAUCGAACACGAUGGCGAGUCAUGCCGAGUUGCAGCGAGAGCUGGAACAACAACGCGCUGCUUCUGUUACGAGUACUCAGAACUCUGUUGCUGAAGACUAUCGACAUCAGCUGCAAGGGGCGGAAGCCAAGCUGAGUAACGUGCUGGCUGAGAAUGAGAAACUGGAGCUCACGUACAAGACGCAACAAGCUGAAAACCAGGCACUCGAGGAAGAGAUCAAUCGCCUCAAGGGUUUCAUUGACGAUGCAGAUAGAGAGCUCACGGCAGAAGUCGAGACGAAUGACGCCAAGAGAAAGGAACAGGAUAAUCAGAUGCGCGAUCUACAAAAGGAAAUAUUAGACAUGAAAAAGAUGCAAGCUGAAAUGCAGUCUCGGCUGGACCAACAAGCAACAACAACUUCAAGCACACAACAACAAAGCACCUCGCCUGCUACUCGAUCCAAGCUCACAAUGCUGAAAGCUCGCCUUGGUGAGUUGGAGAGAACCAUUCAGCGCUUGCAGGCUGAGAAUGAUAUGUUGAAGAGGAAGGCUACCAUCACUGGUAAAGAAGAAGGCGCACCGAGGUUCGCUGGUAUUGGUCUGGAUACGAAAUCCAUCGUGACCGAAGCAGGAGCUUUCACUCUCAAGAUCCAUUGCAGCCAGCUGGAGGCUGAGAACAAACGUCUCGAGAGCCAGAAUCGGGAUCUUCGCCGCAGGCUCCAAAUGCAAAAGGCGAAUACACCUGCGAGCACACCAGCAGCAAGUGCUGCAGCCACCAUUGGAACUUCUUCAGUAACAGCAGCCACCACAACAGCAAUGUCAGCUGUCAACAGGAGCACUGGCACUAUAGCUGCGGCAUCAACCACCAACACGUCCAUGGUUGACUCCGCACUGCACAGUUCUACACUAUCCAGACAAGCCAAGCCAACAGCGGCCACACAACCACCGUCGCUCAGCAGUGCUGUCCGGGAACCCCGGCUGCGCGAGAGUCGAGAGCCAACUCGCGCCCCCGUUCCGGCAAGCAGCCCGGCAUCGACGACGGCAUCAGCAGAGGUGACUGCGCCGGCGGCCACGGACUAUGACCAAACGUCUGCAUCUAUCGUGUCUAUGUCCAUGGCUAGUGGUAUCCACUCCGAUGCUGCCGUGUCGUCGACCGACGAAGAGGGUGGUAAUGUUACGUCGGCCGGCGGUCAGGCACGGCGUCGCUCACCGCGCCUACUGCAGUCGGCACUGGUCACACGUAGACCACUUGGCGAUGAUAACCAAGCCGACCGCCGUGAGCAGCAGAGUAAGAGAGAUCUUGGACACGGCGCCAUGUGUAACAAGCCUGGUGAUGAAGACGAACCAAGACACUCCGAACGCCAACGAUCAGAGAAGGGAGAUGAGAAGAAAAGUGAGCGCCGCAAGUCUGUCCGCUUUUCCGGACCAGCGGCAGCUCCAGCGGCAGCAGCAAGCGGAGAUAUUCCUCGUCCUGGUAUUCUGCAACCCAAUCGCCGCCGUUCACUCCGCACUCGCCUGGGUGACUGGCAGAACGACACAGUGGUCCAGGAUGAUACUCAGCAAUGCCAGCAGCAGUAAAUAUGUGCGGUCACACACAUGUGUGUGUGUGUGUGUGUGUGUGUGUGUGUGUUUGUGUACUGGUUUUCCUCGUCCUAGAAGAAUUCGUACGCUAUGGUUGUAGUUUAUAUCUGCUUUGCCUGUACUUUGUAUAUGACCAGCACUUGCUCACAGUUUAGCCCUGGAGCAAUCCUGUACUGUUGUUUCUUACUUUGGUGUGCAUUGUGAGUGUGCUGCAGCUGCUCGUUGUGCAUGCAUGUACUCAGUACUGGCCACAGUUCUAGUAUACAUGUAGUUGUAUUCCUGCACACUCUGGCUGGCCAUUACCCUAAGCAGUGUCGUCUAGUUCAGAAUGCUGCAUACUACAUAAGGGUAUACGAUUUAGAUGUGCCGGGCAUUGCAUAGACGUUGCUAACGUUAUUCGUGUGGCCACCAAAUUAAUGUGCCACAUGUACUGUAUGGAGUGUAUUGGCAUGCUGUCACGUAUCAUUACAACUUAGAUCUUUGCUUUAUUCUUUUCAAGUGUUUGUAUCGAUUAACCAAGUGGUAUUUAACAUCACGUCCUGUGCUGAUAAGCUGGUCUUUUCAAGUUCCCUUGCAUUGAUCCAUUUUUGAAUUUUUGACUAAAAACUUAUAGAUCAUCACUUGUCAGUUCUCCGCACAGAGGCUAGGCGCACAGUGACUUAGCACUUCACACUAUUUCUUCCUUCACAAAACCUAGUGCAUUUACAUCUAGAAUUGUGACUAUUAUUAUUAUUAUUAUUAGCUGACUUCUAACGUUUGUUUAUGGACUCAGUUCUGGAUUCUUUCAUUCAGCUGACCCAAGUCAGGUCACAACUUGCAGAAGAAGUCAUGAAAUCAUG